AGAUGGAGUAUUACAGAAUGCAGGUUGUGGCCAUAGUCUCAUUGAUGCUUCUGUUUCCAAACACACAAGGGUGGGGAGAAGAUGGGCAUGCCAUAAUUUGUAGGAUUGCUCAGUCUCGCCUCAGCAAUACAGCUGCAGUGGCUGUGAGAAAACUGCUGCCAGAAUAUGCAGAAAAUGACUUAGGGAGUGUGUGCUCAUGGGCUGAUCAUGUCAGGUUUUAUUUACCAUGGUCAGCUGCUUUACACUUUGCUGAUACACCUGACAACCUUUGCAAUUACCAGUAUGAUAGGGACUGUAAGGAUCAGAAUGGAGAGAAGGGAAGAUGUGUUGUGGGAGCGAUUAACAAUUAUACCAACCAGCUUCUCAACUAUGGCAGAGAAACUCAAUAUAACCUCACACAAGCGCUUCUAUUCCUUUCUCAUUUUAUGGGAGAUGUCCAUCAGCCUCUCCAUGUAGGCUUUACAUCAGACAAGGGAGGCAAUACAAUUAAUAUUCACUGGUACACAAGGAAGCAAAAUCUUCAUCAUGUUUGGGAUGAUAACAUAAUUGAGACAGCAGAAGAAAGAUUCUAUGACUCUAACAUAGAUGAAUUCAUCAGUACUAUUCAAGGGAAUAUUACGAAAACAUGGUCCGGUCAGGUAAAAGGAUGGGAAACCUGCGAUUCUAGUGAGACCACAUGCCCAAAUAUAUAUGCAUCCGAAGGUAUACAAGCAGCCUGUCAAUGGGCAUACAAAGGUGUCACCGAAGGUUCAGUACUAGAAGAUGAUUACUUCCUAUCACGUUUGCCAAUAGUCAAUUUGCGAUUAGCUCAAGGAGGAGUUCGAUUAGCUGCAACCCUGAAUCGUAUUUUUGGGUGACGUGAAUAUGUACUAAAAUAUGAAAUAUGUUUAUAACGUAUUAAAAGAGAAUAAACUUCCUGCAUAUUACUCUUGAAGAUUACCUAUCUCUUAUUUUUCCUACUAAU